AUGGCUGAAGAACAGCAAAAUCGCUUUUGCUUCGAGGUGCGAAUCAUCGGAAACAACACCAACACCACUCCUCCAAUCAUCGUUCCCUUUUGCGAGGCCAGAGACAGAGCAGAGCUCUGGAACGAGACUGUCGACGUGGUGGCCUUCUGGUCAGAUUACAGAUUUCUCAACGCGGCGUCCAACGACUGGCCAAACCCCCCUCUCAUCCUCCUGCAAGAGACAUCGACCAGCAGGCACGACAUCGAACACAACCGCUGGAAGACCAUCAACUGGGACGAGGCGUCCGAAUACACCAAAUGGUUUCAAGCCAAUGUCGCCGAGGGAGACGCCGAGACACUCAAGAUUGAAAUCCACUUCUUGACGGGGUCCUCAGAAGAGUAUUGGAACAUUUACAACCAGCUGACUGCGGUCGGCAAAGACAACGCCACCAUGCAAGACAAGAGUCUUGUCGAGAUUCCCUUCAGUGCAGACAUGAGCAACCUGCAGAAUGUUCAAGUUGUGGCAGGCACCAAUCAGUGGUUGCCGAGACGAGAGGUUGAUGUCCUGGCAAACGCCAAUAAUUGCGAGAGAUGUGAGGCCAAGGCCGUGGAGCUUGGUCUGAAGCGGCCUUCGUGGCGUCAGAAGAAGGCCAAGGAGGCCAAAGAUGAAGAUGAGAUGGAGACACCCGUCGAAGGCAAAGACGAGGAUGUCAUGGAGGAGGAUACUGGGGUUGAUGAGGGCGAAGAAGGAGAUGUUGAGAUGGGAGAUGCCGGUGCUGGUGAAGGUGCAGGUUGGUCAAUGGACCUGACACGACGAUUUAGAUAG